CCAAAUAUACAUAUAAUUCAUUAUAACCGAAAUUUGUAAUGUAAUGCAAAACAAAAUGAGAAAUAGUUUUACUUGGAGUGUUUUUCUCAUUGCGGUGCUAUUUAUACGAAAAUCGCAGCAAAUUGAAAAUAUAAAUAUUGGUGCAUUAUUUUAUGACGAUGAAUACGAAAUCGAAGAAUCAUUUGUUACAACAAUUAAUUUAAUCAACAAUCAAAAUGAAGUGAAUUUCAAAUUAAAUCCGUUAAUUGAAAAACUUUACGAUUAUGAUAGUUCGGCAAUUUUAGAGAAUAAAGUCAAUAAACUAAUAGAGAAUGGCGCUGCAGUUAUUUUUGGACCAAGUUCAAAGGCAGACAGUGAUAUUGUCUCGCUUAUUUGUAAUGCCACCGGCAUACCGCACAUGCUCUUCGAUUAUUUGGAGGAAGAGAACGAUCUCUUGAAGAUUAACCAUCAAAUGUCUCUCAAUGUCUUUCCCUCUCAGCCGGUGCUGUCGAAAGCGUAUGCGGAUAUUGUACAGAAUUAUGGCUGGAGAAAAUUUACGAUAAUCUAUGAUGAGGACGAUGCCAGUGCUCCAUUUCGUUUACAAGAUCUCAUCCAGCUAAGAGACCUCAAUGAAAAAAUUGUUCGUGUUCGAACAUUUAAGAGAGGCGUAGAUCAUCGCAUUUUAUGGAAGAGUAUUAAGGGAGAAAGACGAAUUAUUUUGGAUUGUCCACCCGAUAUGCUGGUGGAGCUUCUGAACUCUUCGAUUCCAUAUGGAAUGACGGCGCAGUUUAAUCAUUUAUUUUUAACGAAUUUAGACACCCAAAUAUCUGGUUUAGAGGAGUUAAAAGACAAUGUGACAUUUGCUGCCAAUGUAACUGCCAUUCGUAUGAAACAACAUGAAGUUGAUAAUUUGGAGGAAAGCAUUUGGAAUGAAAUCGACUUGCCAACUAUGAAACUGUUACCAGACCUAAUUCACGACGCCGUUAUGCUAUUUUAUUUGGCCGUUAAAAAUAUCAGUGUUAUGUACGAAAUAAACCCGCCAGGUACGCCGUACACGUACGAGGAAGGCAAUGAAAAUCCUUGGCCUAUGGGCUUGUACAUAAAUCGAGUUAUGAAAGUGCUUGCCUCUUCGGAUGAUCGUAAUUUUCACAUGAGCUAUAUGCAAUUCGAUGAAGGUGGUCAAAGGAUUAAUUUCACGCUGGAAAUUUAUGAACCGAUCGAUAAUUAUGUAUUGGCCACAUGGAGUCCGAAUGGUCAUAUUAGUCAAAAAGUGGUGGAAAUGACAAAUAUAAAAAAGAUAAUUUACAAAGUGGCUACACGUAUUGGAGAACCCUAUUUUAUGUUGAAGGAAGAUGCCGAAAACCGCACCGGCAACGAUCGUUAUAUCGGAUAUGCUGUUGAUUUAAUCGAUGCCAUUGCAAAUAUUUUAAGUUUUGAUUAUUUAUUUGUUCCGGUUGCGGACAAUUCGUAUGGUAAAUUAAACAAGGAGACCAAUCAAUGGGAUGGUAUUAUUGGUGAAUUGAUAAAUAAUGAUGCUCACAUGGGUAUAUGUGAUCUGACAAUUACCCAGAAACGUAAGACGGUGGUGGACUUUACGGUACCAUUCAUGCAAUUGGGUAUCAGUAUUUUGGCCUAUGAAAAACCUAUUGAACAGAAACCUUGGAAUGCCUUCUUGGAGCCGUUUACCAAUGAAGUUUGGAUUUAUGUCAUGUUGUCGGUUUUUAUUAUGGCAUUUUUAUUUCUCUUUAUGGCAAGAAUAUCGACAAGUGAAUGGCAAAAUCCCCAUCCCUGCAACAAUGAUCCAGAUGCAUUGGAAAAUUCUUGGAAUGUUUCAAAUGUGUUUUGGCUAACGGUGGGUUCCAUUAUGACAGCGGGCAGUGAUAUCUUACCGCGCAGUGCUCCUAUGCGCACCUUCAACGCCAUGUGGUGGAUUUUUGCUGUUAUUAUAGCCAAUUCUUACACAGCCAACUUGGCUGCCUUUUUGACCAACAGCAAAAUGGAAGGUGACAUUAAGGGCGUCGAAGAUUUGGCCAAACAAAAUGAGGUGAAAUUCGGCACCAUAGAGGGUGGUAGUACAUAUACAUUCUUUUCGGAAUCUAAUGACACCGAUUUUCGUUUGGCCUAUAAUAUGAUGCAGUCUCAGGAGCCGUCGGUCUAUACUAAAAGUAAUGAAGAAGGUGUGGAGAGGGUGUUGAAAAAUAAUGGUUCCUAUAUGUUUCUGAUGGAAACAACCUCAUUGGAAUACAACACUGAGCGGAAUUGUAAAUUGAAAAUGUUGGGUGAGACUUUUGGUGAGAAACACUAUGCCAUAGCAGUGCCAUUUGGGGCCGAAUAUCGUUCCAAUUUAAGUGUUGCCAUUCUGAAACUUGGCGAACUAGGACGACUUUUUGAGAUGAAGAAAAAAUGGUGGGUUAAUGAAGACAAGGAUUGCCCCCAAGAAACCAAAUCAAAUUCGGAAACAAAUGAUUUAAAUUUUACCGAAGUCAGAGGCAUAUUCUAUACCCUCUAUGUUGGCCUCUUCAUAGCCUAUGUUGUUGGUAUCACUGAGUUCUUGAUUUACGCCCAGCAUGUGGCUGUUGAAGAGAAAUUAACAUUUAAACAAGCUCUGACCAAGGAAUUGAAAUUUGUUUUAAAAGUUUGGAAUAACAAGAAACCAGUAUCACCGGUCUGUAGUACACCCUCCUCGUCGCAUAGAUCCGGUAGCACUGACAAGUCGACCAAAUUGUAUGCCAUUCGAAAAUCACCAUCGGAUAAAAUUAACGGAGAUGUGGACGAGAGAAAGAGCAUGAAAAGUAUGAAGAGCAUCAGAAGUUUGAAAAGUUUGAAGAGCGCCAUUGUAAAUACCAUAAGAAAAUUCUAAUUAUUUUUGUCAAUCACUUAUUUAUAUGAUCAAUAAUGUAUGUAAACGAAAAUUAACAAUAAAGUUUAACAAAUUAAUUCG